AUGGAUUUUGAUAAGUUAAAGUCACAACAAAAAAUUCAAAGUGGCUCUAAGCCUCGUAGGAUCGUGUUGCAUCCUGCAGGGUCUCAAAAACGUUCUCGUUACGGUCGCCGUGUUAUCACUUCAAAUGGUCGGGUAACGGCCCGCUCACAAUUCGUGGUUUAUAACACAAAGGCGCAAGGUGCGAAGAAUCAACCUAAAAGAAAUGGGAAUGGAAUGAGGUUGACUCAGGAAGUCGUGUCCCGACAGAUUAGAGCUGCUACUGGCAAUCGUCAAGUGGCAAAUACGACAACGAAUAGAAGAGGAGGCCAGAGAAAUCGAAGAAAUCAAAAGCGCGCGCAGCAACAGAAAAAGACUCCUGAAAUGCUUAACAAGGAUCUGGAGCAGUACUUCCAGAAUGACCCAGCUAUUGCAAAGCAGAAUCUGGACAAUCAGUUAGACGAGUACUAUCGUCAGAACAAUGUACCUUCUAUUCCCUUGUCUCUUGACGCAGGCCGACUCCGCUACCCAGAAUAAUAUGGCUCCAGUGGCUCCUGCUGCCCCGAUGGCUCCAGUAGCUCCGAUGAACAAUAAUAUGGCUUCGAUGGCCCCGAUGAAUGAUAUGACUCCGAUGAACAAUAAUAUGGCCCCGAUGGAUCCGAUGAACAAUAAUAUGGCUCCUAUGGCUCCGAUGGCUCCUGUGGCUCCGAUGGCUCCAAUGGCUCCAAUGG